UUAAAGGGAAAAUUGCUGCAUGACCUAAUGGAGUACAGGAACAUGGCAAUAGGAAUAGGACUCUCAUUUCAGAGUAUAUUUGGUAUUCUGGGAAAUUUCUCUCUUCUUUUCUACUAUCUAACUCUUUACUACAAUGAACACACAAUAAAGAUCAUAGACAUGAUUCUUAUACAUGUGUUCACAUCUAACUCUUUGAUCAUUAUCUCCAAAGGACUCCCCCAGAUAAUGGGGGCUUUUGGGUGGAACCAGUUAUUCAAUGAUGUUGGGUGCAAACUUAUUUUAUAUGUUCAAAGACUUGGCAGGAACAUGUCUAUCAUCACCACUUGUCUCUUGAGUGUCUUCCAGGCAAUCACCAUCAGCCCCACGAAUUCCCACUGGAAGAAAUUUAAAGUCAAAUCAACAAAGUUUAUAGGCUUGUCCAUUUCUCUCUUCUGGAUCUUGUUUAUGCUAGUAAAUAUGCUUUUCCCUGUGUAUACAUCUACCAAGAUGAAUAGUAAAAACAAGACCCAAAAGAGAGAUUCUGAAUUCUGCCAUUCUCUAGGCCGUGACAGAAUAGUAGACUUACUGUAUACCGCAUUUUGUGUGUUUCCUGAACUUGUGUUUUCUCUGCUUAUUGUAUGUUCUAGCACCUUCAUGAUUAUAAUACUUUAUGUACACAAAAAGAGGGUGCAACACAUCCUCUAUGCUCACCCUUCUCCAAGAAGCUCCCCUGAAAAUAGAGCCACACAGACCAUCUUGAUUCUUGUUUGCACCUUUCUAGCAUUUUAUACUCUUUCUUCAAUUUUACAAGGCUAUAUUGCUCUUUCACAUGAUCCCAGUUGGUGGGUAAUGAAUACUACAGCCAUCAUUUCUAUGUGUUUUCCUACUUUAGGCCCAUUUGUGAUGAGUCGCGAUUUCACUGUUUCCAAAUUCUGCAGUACUUGGAUAAGAAAUAUAGAAAAAUCAUGA